CAGUCAGUUAUCUUGAGAUAAAAUGGCGACGGGUGCCAUUUCCACUGAGUGCAAGAAAAUAACAGAAUUAAGAGUUGUUGAUCUUAAAUCCGAGCUCAAACGAAGGGAUUUAGACACCUCUGGUGUGAAGAGCGUCCUUCUUUCAAGACUGAGACAAGCUCUUGAAGAUGAAGGUGGUGACACAGAAAACAUUCAAAUCCAGCUUCCAACUGAUGUAUCAACUCGGAAAGGUGGAAAAGCUAAAGGGAAAAAAGUGGAUUCAGAUGUGGACACCACAGGGGAAGAUGAUGUGUUUUCCAAGGAAACUGAAGAGUACGAAUCAGAAAAAGAUGUAACUGAUACAGAUGAUGGUACUCGUGAAAAUUCUAAGCCAGCACCCUGCGAAGACAGCCUCGUUCAGCCUGAGGCUGAGGCUGAGCCAGAGUCAGAAGCUAUGACGGCUGAGGCUGAUUCAGAGCCUGAGCCAGAGGUCGAUGCUGAGCCAGAGGUGGAUGAGGAUGCUGACCCAGAGAUGGAUGGGGAGGCUGAGCCAGAGGUGGAGACCGAACUGGCUGAGAUGGAUGCUGAAGCCAUGAGUUCCUCUAAAGAAGCUGAGGACGAUCACCUAUCCUUCUCAAUCCCAAAUGAAGAUGCCAUCACCCUAGAUGUUGAUGGUGAUGAUCUCCUGGAAACAGGUAAACAUGUGAAACUUCCAGAUCCAGAGGCUGAGAAGGGCACAGGUGAGCCAGAGGCCUCUGCUAUGACGGGCCCAGAUGAUGACAUGAAGGAGGAAGAGACGGAGGGCCAGAAAGAUGAUGGAUCCAGGAGUGAGCCCACGAAGAAAGACGGCAGAGAGGCCUUGAAGAAAGCUGAAACGGGAGACAAAGAAAAGGAUUCUGGGAAGAAAGGCCCCUCCACUACUGGGGCAUCAGGUCAAGCAAAGAGCUCUUCAAGAGACAGAGAUGGCAAAGCUACAAAAGAGGAAAAGGGAGUCGUUAGCAGUAGCAGCAACAGCAGUUCUUCCCGUAAUAUAUGGGUGAGCGGCCUGUCUUCAAACACCAAAGCAGCUGAUCUAAAGAACCUGUUUGGCAAAUAUGGGAAGGUUUUGAGUGCCAAGGUGGUUACAAAUGCACGCAGUCCUGGUUCAAAGUGUUAUGGCUUGGUGACCAUGUCUUCCAGUACAGAGGUGACGCGCUGCGUCUCCCAUCUUGACUGUACAGAGCUCCAUGGGCAGCAAAUAUAUGUUGAAAGGGCCAAAAACGAUCCGUUCAAAAAAGAGGGCUCAAAGAAAGAAGCAGAUGACAAAGCAAGUUCCAGCAAAUCAAGUGAUAAGCGCAGUUCCACGGGGAUGAAGUUGACCAACAAAACACCACCAUCUUACAAAAAAGAAGACAAGAAAUUGGACAAACUUUCAGAAAAGGACAAAGACUUAUCCAAGAAACAAGACGCCAGAAGUGGAAAAUCGGAGUCUGUUUCGUCAAACUCUGGACAAGAUUCCUCAAAGAAAGAUGACAGAAAGCAUGGACGAACAAAGAGCCCAGGCAAGAUGGUGGUACAACAUCAUGCCAAAGGAGAUUCUAAUUUUGGCAAAAUGAGACCUUUCAGAAGGGGGAGGUAUUUUGAUAAACCUUUCAUCAACAUGAAUGUUCAAAGGCGGCCGAAGUGGUUGAUUCCUCCUGAAGAGCUGGAGAUGAUGAAAGACAGACCGCGUCCUUUUGCUAACAAGGGGGAAGACAUCCUGCCUUUUGAGAAGAUGAAGGAACAGAGGAUGCGUGAACGGAUGGCUCGUGUGGAACGUGUCCGUAGAGCCGUAGAGUUGCGCAGGCGGCGUGAAAUUGCGGAACGAGAGCGCCGGGAGCGUGAGCGUGUCCGUCUGUUGCGAGAGCGUGAAGAACGGGAGAACCUGCUUCGAGAGCGCCAGAGACUGGAGAUGGAGAGACAAAAACUGGAAAGGGAGCGCCUGGAGAGGGAGAGGCUUGAGAGGGAGAGAGUCCGUAUAGAGCAGGAACGGCGCAAAGAGGCAGAGCGCAUGGCACGUGAGCGCGAGGAGCUGCGGAGGCAGCAGGAACAGCUCCGUUAUGAGCAGGAAAAGAGAAACAGCCUUAAAAGGGGCCGUGAAGUGGACCACGGUCGGAGAGAUGAUCCCUAUUGGAAUGGAAACAAGAAGAUGCAGUCCGAGUCUGAUGUCCGCUUGAACCAGGGCUCCAACUACAACCGGCAGCAGAACCGCUUUUCAAACUUCAGUCCCAGAGAGAGGGGUCGCUUUCCAGAGGCUGCUGCUGAGCAACCCAACACGUAUGACAGACGUAACCGGUUUGACGGUGAACCAGAAGUAAAGAAGAGUCGACUUGCUCCUCACAGAGAGAAUUCUGGCUUUGAUCGUUACCCCAAGAACUUUGAAACAGUCCGCAGAGCUGAGCCGUCACAUCCUCCUCGCACUGAAGUCCGGGACACAGACCGCAGGGAUAGGGAUGAGAGACGACCUGUUCCCAUGCCUGAACGCCCAAUGGGAGCCAGAUCUGCACUGCCGAGCAUAUCACACAACCGCUCACCCAGCGAUGGAGGGCAUGGGUGGAAGAAUGAUGGCAGUAUAAACUCUAACAAGGGAGAUAUACGAGGAAAUAUGCGCAUGCGAUCAGGCAGAGAUGGUCCAGGUCCCUCACUUAGAGGAGGCUCCUCAAGCAGCCGUGGCAGGAGCAGCUUUAAUGAUCGAGAUGGAAGACCCAUGGUGAUAAGUAAUCAGCCAUUCAGCUCUGGCCGACAGGUGGUGGUGGAGCGUCACAGCAGGGAGCAGGGACUGAGGAAGGAGUGGCACGGUGGAUCAAACUCCCAGGAAAGAGCCUUCCCUGAUAAUCGCAGGCUGGGAGACAGCCGCGGCAGCAUUAUGGCUUCUUCCAGUCAUUCUUCGUCUGGACUGAACCGAAUUGUACAGAUCACCAGCAACUCCAUUCCCAGCGGUGGCAACGUAGGCGGGUUCAAGCCCUACAAAGGAACGCCGCGGCAGUUCUAACUGCUACCAAAAAAUGAAGACUUUUUUUGAACUCUUUAUUUUUAGGAUAUUAACUGUUUUAGGUGGCACAUUUGUAGCCACAAUGUUGAGAACACUAUUUUAUUUUGUAUAGACAAGUGUUUACCUGAGUGUAGGGUUUUCCUGACAGUUGUGCUGUUACCAUUAAGCAACCCUGUGCACAUGUUUUACUUAUGUUUAAGAAGAUACUGUACAGCCCUCGGUCUUUGUAACAAGUUUUCAAGUGAUGUUACGACUUCUCUGAUUUAGUGUUGUAUGUAUUUCAGUAGCAUAGUGUCACACUCAGUUUUCCUGUCUUCUAUGUCCUGUUUUAUUGAGCUCAUAAAGUGGCAGGAAUUUUUCACUCAUUUGGCUGUUUCUCUGUGAGGAAAUGGAUGACAUAGGACUGAUUUAUUUUUGAAAAGUCCUUCUUGGUGUUGAUGUCCUGUUUUGCCAAGAAAAGUUGGUUUUGCUAAAAACAUUGUCAAACUGUAAACUAGUCUUCAUUGUUGUAGCGAAAUACUUCUCAUAGGCUUUGAGUUUAAUUACAUACAGACCCAUGUCUCUGAAAUAAAAUCUGACUUUCAAGUCUAACUGCAGGGCAUUCAGUGGUUUCAGAGUCUGGAGAUUGACCAUCACACGUAAUUUUUAUGUUUGCUUAUUUGUUAUUCCAAUGAUUCUACAAGUGUGAUUAUACCUGGCCAUCAAACAAUGGCAUUAAUUCUGGCACUUUGAGUUCUUUGGUCAAUUCAGUUUGUAAUAUGAAUUUGAAGACUUGUUUUUUGUUGUAAAUCACAUCAUAAUGGGGUAAGCUUUGUGCUUCAUUUACCUCCAUACAAAUAGAAGGUACUUUGAUGGCAACAUAGAAAAAGUUUCAGUCUGAGAAAUGUUUUACAGCAUUGAGGUUGAUACUAAAGUGGUUCUCACAUUGUCAGCUGUGACUAAAACACUUUACACUUCCAUAUUACCUUCUGUUACAGUUUUAUUUUUUUAAUUUCAGAACUGUUUAUAAGGAGGGGUCUUUUUUGUCCUUGUACAGUUGGACCAGCACAGGUGUGCACAUCAUGUAUUGUCACACUCUACCUACACACCUGUCAGAAUGUGUGAAUAAAGCUUGAUUAAAUGACUGAUAACCAGAAGGGCUUGUACUGAUUGUCAGCUCACUGUCUCCUUUCAGUCAUGGCCAGAUUAAACUAUUUGGAAUUUAC